AUGACGGGCCUAAGAGAGGACAGUCCAGAGUCCAAAGUAGGUGGAGCCGCAGGUAACGCUGUGAUCUCCGGCUCGACUCGUUUCUCGGAGGGUGCGCAGCCUCCAGAAAAACACGAGAAAAACACACAGAUUCUACAAGAACAGGACACGGGCCAGGAUGUGAGGACCUGUGAGGGACUGAGCUGCGUGCGUCCUGAUGUGGCGGCUCUGGGGUAUGAUCGGAUUGGCUCUCUCCGUGUGGCACAAGCCGGGGCCAUUUCCAUCCAGUGUGGGCAGCGUACCCUGAGCCACGCAGUGCAGGACGAUGUGCACUUCUCAGUGGGGGUGGUGUGCAAAGGCAUUCCCACCCUCCACUGGAGCUUCAUGUCCGGUUGGGUCAGCCGCGCCAUCGGGACAUGGCAGCCAGGCAACUUCACCAACAUCACGGCCGACUAUAGCGGCAGAGUGCAGCCCUUCACCAACGGCUCCAUGGUCCUGUCCAACCUGCGGCUCCAGGACGCGGGCUUCUAUGUGCUCACGGUGACAGAGGAGGGGGGCAACAGCAGGGACGUGGGCUUUGUGCUCAAGGUGACAGAAGUGCUGUACGAGGACCUACAGUACCUGUCUGUCUCUGCUCUGGCUCUGGGUUGUGUAUCUGCUCUGCUCAUGUUCGGCAUGUGGCUACUGGACAAACUGUACCACCAUGUGAGGGCCUGGAGACGCAGGAAACGCAUGCCAGAAGCAGAUGUGACGGAGCUGCAGCCACUCUGAUAACACCGCUAACUACCAUCCACUGAGGAAAAGAGCACAACCUCUGAUGUUCUGCAC